AUUCAUGGGUGGUGGAGUAAAGAGUGCGGUGGCCAAGUUCACUGCCACCGGGAUCAGAGGCGUCGUACCGCCUAUCCAGUCAUCUGUUCAGAGUGCUUCUGAAGUGUCACCGGCAGAUGGCGGUGAAGACAGUACGGCGAGGGUGGUGUCAUCAGGCAGUGUUCCUUGUUUUGAUGAAGCCACAACUGAACUAAAACAUGUUCUACAUAAGAAAUACCUAUCUUCAAACUCCACCGAAUACCAAGGCUGUGCUCUUCCUAAUCAAAUAUCUGUUCUGUCAGCUUCUCAUUCUGGUUUGAAGAACAAAGAUAGUGUUUUUCAGGCUUUUCAAUUGUUUAGUGAAAGUUCAGAAGCUCAGAAUGUUGUGGCUUCUAUUGCCUGUGACCCAAAUGUAUGGAAUGCGAUGGUGCAAAAUCCUAAACUACAAGAUUUCUUCCAUGCACAGCAGACAGAUGGUUUUGAAUUAGAGAGAAGUUUUGAUGAAAAAGUUGAAGACUUACCUUAUUCUUAUUCUGUGUAUUCUCUUGUCAAUUUGCUAAAUAUUCUCCGCAAUGUAAAGUUUACCGUAGUUGAAAUGAUUGCAGCGUGUCAAUUCACUUUCAGAAUAAGUUUGGGUUCUUAAUUGCUGGUUAUUGAUUGGAGAGGAAAUGCAAAAGCAAACUUCAUCGAUAAUACAUCAUUGUGAAGGAACUUUUAUGUAUGUUGAAACUUGCUUUAAGUUGUAAGCAAAAAUGAGUUAAAACACACUUUGUUGAGCUCUAAUUUACUUUAUGAUUUUGAUGGCUGGGAAUUUUCACAACUCUAUUAUUCUUGAAAGUUAUUUAUAAGAUAUUAAUGUAUGCUAUUUCGUUUGGUUUCUCCACCAUUAUCGUGGAUCUCUAUAACUGUUUUUUUCAGUGGAAUUUAGUGAUAUCUUCGGAAAAUAUUGAAUUGUUUAAA